AUGCCAAACCAAGACUCAGAAAAUCGAACACAACAAGCCCCUGAUGUUCGGCAACCAGAUAUUUGGCAGCCGGUUGACGGCCCCCCGUCAGACCAUGGCAAAGCAGCAAAGGUCAUGCGCAAGAUCGCUAAUCUCUCCCAGAAAAGCGAUGGAAUAAUCAACGAUUUAUGUGAUGGCAUGAAAGACGCAAUGGAGGCUGACUCAAAGGAGGAAGGCGUCGACAUAGUCAAGUCUGCGUUUGACAUAACUGCGUUGUCCCAGACAGAAGUGCUACACUCCAGUCGCCUGUUCUUUAUCCUGCGCAACGUUAUGCGGAUUCUGGGAUUUGCAGUCAGAGGAGGAAAGACCAUCAUACCGCAUGUGAUGAAUCUUUUAUUUGAACCCGGCUGCCCAGAACUCGAAGAGGCUCUGGCAAUGUAUCGAAACUAUCGAAACUUGGUAAGCCCUACGGCCCAACCCGCGGAACGCGUAUUUCGCGAACAAGACCCGCAGGACACAGGCAGCGAGCCAGGAGUGCUCCAAAAUACAACACCGUCAACGCUCCCUGCAUCAGAAACGAGGCCCCGCAACAUGCCGCCGUUGAAUAUUGGGCACAAAUCUCCUGUACAGAAGUUCUCCCCAAGAGCACAGCCUCGCCCGGAAGGCUUGAAUUUCCGAGGAGCCGAAGCUUCCUCAUCCCCCCCCUCUGACCCCUCCCACUUCAACAACACGGCCUUCCAUCCGAAGUCCAUCGGCCCCAGGCCUCCGCAAGCCGAGAUACUUCAAAACUUCAGGCGUCUCGAAACAAACAGUAUGCCGCCAUGCUCGUCAAGGACAUGCCCAAGUUUUCAGGCACACCCCACUCUGGAGCAGACCUCGUUACUACCAAGGACAUGUUCAUGGCCGCGAUCUGGGAACAUCGUGUAA